AUGAAGGUUCUCGUCUUAGGGUCCACUGGAAAUCUUGGCUCUCGCCUGCUGUCUGCCCUGUUGGCGAGAGGGCAUUCUGUUGUCGCCUUUGCGCGCGACCCUUCAAAGCUCGCUCCUGCCAUUGUGCCCCACCUCACGGCCGUAGAGCUUGGAGAUGCCACUAAGAGCUCCGAUAUCAAGGCGGCUGGAAACAAGCAUCAAUGUAAUGCCAUCGUGAAUACUGCUGGGCUUGCCGCCAUGGCCCCGUGGGGGAAGAGCGAUCUUCCUAGCAUUGUGGACGCAGUCAUCAGCGCUGCAUUGGAGAUGGGGCAAGACCGCCAGAGCCCCUUGCGGGUGUGGUUCAUGGGAGGACUCGGCCUGAUGGACCUCCCCGAGACUAGAUACCGCCCAGUGGACUAG